CCCGGCCAUUUCCCGCUUUCCCCGCUCCUCGCCUGGAUGGGAAGUUGGGGAAAAUGGACAGGGUCGUGGUGAGGUGGAUGGCUCUCCUCUGGCUAACAGCCAUGGCUGAAGGCCUUCAGGUCACAGUGCCCGACAAGAAGAAGGUGGCCAUGCUCUUCCAGCCCACUGUACUUCGCUGCCACUUCUCCACAUCGUCACAUCAGCCUGCAGUCGUGCAGUGGAAGUUCAAGUCCUACUGCCAGGAUCGCAUGGGGGAAUCGUUGGGCAUGUCCUCUCUUCGGGCCCAGUCUCUCAGCAAGAGAAACCUGGAGUGGGACCCCUACUUGGAUUGUUUAGACAGCAGGAGGACUGUCCGAGUGGUAGCGUCAAAACAGGGCUCGACUGUCACCUUGGGAGAUUUCUACAGGGGCAGAGAGAUCACGAUUGUUCAUGAUGCGGAUCUUCAAAUUGGAAAACUCAUGUGGGGGGACAGCGGACUCUAUUACUGUAUCGUCACCACCCCGGAUGACCUGGAGGGCAAAAACGAGGACUCCGUGGAACUGCUGGUGUUGGGCAGGACAGGGCUGCUUGCUGAGCUCUUGCCCAGUUUUGCUGUGGAGAUUAUGCCAGAGUGGGUGUUUGUUGGCCUGGUGAUCCUGGGAGUCUUCCUCUUCUUCGUCCUGGUGGGGAUCUGCUGGUGCCAGUGCUGCCCUCACAGCUGCUGCUGCUACGUCCGCUGCCCCUGCUGCCCCGAUUCCUGCUGCUGCCCGCAGGCCUUGUAUGAAGCAGGGAAAGCAGCAAAGGCCGGGUACCCUCCCUCUGUCUCCGGUGUCCCUGGCCCUUACUCCAUCCCCUCCGUCCCCCUGGGAGGAGCCCCCUCAUCCAGCAUGCUGAUGGACAAGCCUCAUCUACCUCCCUUGGCACCAAGUGACUCCACUGGAGGAAGCCACAGUGUUCGCAAAGGAUACCGGAUCCAAGCUGACAAAGAGAGAGACUCCAUGAAGGUCCUGUACUAUGUCGAGAAGGAGCUGGCUCAGUUUGAUCCAGCCAGGAGGAUGAGAGGCAGAUAUAACAACACCAUCUCAGAACUCAGCUCCUUGCAUGACGAGGACAGCAAUUUCCGCCAGUCUUACCAUCAGAUGCGAGGCAAGCAGUUCCCUGUGUCUGGAGACUUGGAGAGCAGUCCUGACUACUGGUCAGGCAUCAUGGGCGGCAACAGCGGGGCAAGCCGGGGGCCUCCGGCUGUGGAGUAUAACAAAGAGGAUCGGGAGAGCUUCAGGCACAGCCAGCCACGCUCCAAAUCCGAGAUGCUGUCGCGGAAGAACUUCGCCCCCGGCGUGCCGGCCGUCUCCAUGGACGAGCUGGCGGCCUUCGCGGACUCGUACGGCCCGCGGCCCCGCAGGGCCGACGGCAACAGCCACGAGGCCCGCGGCGGGAGCCGCUUCGAGCGCCCCGAGUCCCGGGCGCACGGGGGCUUCUACCAGGACGGCUCGCCGGAGGAGUACUACGGCCCGCGCAGCCGCAGCCGCGAGCCGCUGGCCGACGCCGACCGCGGCUGGGCCUACAGCCCCGCGCGCCGGCGGCCGCCCGAGGACGCGCACCUGCCGCGGCUGCUGAGCCGGACGCCGGGCGCCGCGCCCAAGUACGAGCACGCGUUCCCGGGCGGCCCGCUGGAGCGGCAGCCGCGGCCCGAGGGCGCCAGCCGCGGCGGCAGCCUGGAGACGCCGUCCAAGCGCGGCGCGCAGCUCGGCCCGUGCGGCGCCUCCUACUACGCCUGGUCGCCGCCCGGCACCUACAAGGCGGGCGAGUCGCAGGACGAGCAGGGGGACGCGUCCGACGACGCGCUGCCGCCCUACAGCGAGCUGGAGCUGAGCCGCGCCCCGUCCUACCGCGGCCGCGACCCGCCCUACCACAGUAACUCGGAGAAGAGGAGGAAGAAGGAGCCCGCCAAGAAAACCAGUGACUUUCCAACCAGGAUGUCCCUUGUGGUCUGAUGUUUUCGACAUCUCUCUGGAUGACUGGAAAUAAGAUGCAGCCUACGGUGACAAGACACAAUUCCAAGAGCCAGCAGAACUGGGACCUUCUGUGGCCAUCACCUUGGAAGAUUUGCUGACCUCUGCUUUGGCAAGGGAUGGGAGGCAGCCUUUAAGGGAGGCUGAUUUCAAAUCUCUGUUGCCAUCUAACUAGUCUGAGAAACUUAUCAAGAAAACAACAUGUGGGAAUAUUCUCACAUAAAGAGUUUCUCACCCAUAGAAUUAAACCUCCUUCCUUAACGGAACCAGGACUCCAUUUCCAGUUUUAAAAGAGAAUUAGCUCUGGACUGCUAAUCUCCAGAAAUUGCCUAUGCCUACAGUAUGCUUUUCUGUACCUCCUGUGCUAUGCUUAGAGACAGAAGAGUUUAUUACUACUAUUAGAAGAAGGCUUUCUGCUGACAAGGGAAGAUAGCUUCAAGGCAAAAUACACCUUUUAUCCCCAUCACUUCCCAGUCACUAGUCAAUGACUAUUGUUACACUAAAGAUUAAAGCCUUUGGUGAGCUAAGUGACAGUGACCUCUGGGACAAUCACAGAAACGACUUCAAUUUUGCCGUUCUGAAUGACAAUUCUUGAGUGAGUGGGACAAAACAAAAGAGAGUGUACCUUUGGAAAGCUGUCUAAGUGGCAUUUCUUUUUCCAUUCUGAGAACAUAAACUGCUUUUUCUCCUUGUGCUGUACACAUCAGUAUUUGAGUCUUGGACAUUAAGGGCUCUUCUCUUCCUCUUCUCAACUUUCACAGGUUGGUGCCACACACAGAGCCCCGCCUCCCUCUGCACUCUGAGUAGGUUGUCAUCAGGUGCCUUUUGAUAAAUGCUUAAAAUAGACACAUGAAAGAGGGAGAAAAAGAAGAGAAAGCAGUAAUGCAAAUAGAAAAGAAUGAGAAUGAAUUUAAGAGGAAAAUAACAUGUUUGAAAUGUGGGCCAUUUCCUCCACAAAUUCCGCUCAGCCUUUUCUGGUUUUUUACUUCAUUGACCGUGAAUCCUUUCUGCUAUUCCAGGACACCAGGGAUGUGGAGCAUGUAUCUCUUGGCCUAACUAGGCUACCACUGUAGAUGCUUCUGGGAGAUGAAGGAUAUCGCUUUCUCAGGAAGAAGCACUUCCUGUUCCCACCCUUGCCUAUGUGAUACAUUUUGCCUAAAUCCCAAAGCUAGAUCUCUCUGGAUUUUGUAAUUUGUGUAGAUGGCAAAAAUGGCCACAAACUCCUCCCUUAUCAGCAAGAAGUAUGGUCUUUUUUUUCCACCCCUUGAAUCUGGAGUUGGCCAUGAGAUUUGAUUUGGCCAAUGGCCUAAUAGCAAAUGUGACACAAGUAAAGACUUGAAAGUUCUUGUGCGUGGGGCGUGUCCUCUCUUGCUGCUCUUGGGAACCUUACAACCACCACCAAGUAAAUGAGCCUGGACUGUCUUGCUGUAUGAUGAGAAAAAAGGGCCCAGUUACCCCUGUUACGCUAUUUGACAGCCUGUCAACUCUCAGUUGAUUGCAAACAUAUGCGUGAGUCCGGCCAAAACCAACAGAAGAACUGCCUAGCUGAGCCCAGUGCAAAUUUCUGAUUCCUACUCAAGGUGUGAGAAGUUGACACACUUUAUAUGUUCGUUUCUCUUCAGGGACAGAACUGACUCUUCUUUUCCAGUGUUCAGCCCUGAAUUCCUUACUCCAUCCACACUUAGGUGUGUCACAGCCUCUACUUUUAUCUGACAGGCUGUUAUCAAAGCAUUUCAGCCUGCACUCUUACAGUGGGACACGUGGUUGCAUUAAAUCACUGUAGGACAAAAAUGCUUGACCUCACUAUCCCCUAAUCUAGCAGUGGCUCUUUCCCCAUCUGUGGAUCCAUGGACAACCUCUGAAGAAUGUUUCUUCUUCAGCAUCUCCUUGGUUUUCUCCAGAGCCACCUGACUGGAGCUCGGCCCUAUUACCAUUUCACUGGCGUCCAUUGUACUUCAUGGUAUUUCCAAAAAAUGUCCCAUGUUUGCAGUGAAAUAAAGAAGCAGCUGGGUGAGAGUCAGAGGGAUGAACUGGUAUCGUUGCUUGGAGAAUUGGCCCACAAAAGGACUUCGCAGUUGCUUUGGCCUAUCCCAGAGGAAUCAGGCGGACAGUCCAACCCAGUGCUGGCACUUCCAAGGGCUGGAAGACACAAGCCAUAACCCUGGUGCUGAGUUUUAGACUUGCUAGUGUCCCUGGUCUCUGGAAGCCUAGGUCUAGUCUGUUUGGGCCCCAGUUCAGAUGGAAAAGAUGAUGAAAACAUUUCUUAGUCACCAGCUUUGGAUUUCAACUUGCUCAGGCAAUUUUGGAGAAUACUGGGUAGCUGUGGUAGCUAUUAUCGCUUCAUACACUGUGUCAGGCUUCUCACCACCAAAGAGCACCAACUACAGAGACCAAAAAUGUUGCUUUUUUUUUUUUUUUUUUUUUUAAGCUGUGGGCAUGUAUGAUUUUGGUGAAGGUUGAAGGUGGCCAUGGGAAAGAAUUACAAAAAUUGGAAACCUGUAAUUCCAAAGACAACAGAACUACGGACAGAAGAUUAAAAAAUACAAAGAAGAUAGCAGGCCACUGGAAUAACCUGGGGGGUCGGGACCAGGUUGUCCUCUGUGGAGCCGCAUAAAUCAUUCAGACUUCCAGGCCUUCAGUAGAGAGAAAAAGCAGUUGUUUCCGGGUGCGUGCGCAGGAGAUAAGGUUGAAUGAACAAGUCAAGGCAAAGCUGGCUAUCCUCAGCACCCCUGACUUUUCUCUAUGUAUCCCUUUGUUUCUUUUCCUUUGAAUAGUGUGUCCUGCAUAGAAAGUGCUUGUACACGUUAGUUUCCUUCCUAGGUUUUAUUGGUGUAUGAAGUAAGUCUCCGUAGGACAUGUUCUCUAUCCACUGGGACGCUGCAGUUUAAUAGGGAAAUAAGACAUGCCCAAGAAAGAAUUAGAUUUUAUACAUGUAGUAUGAAAUAGUGCUAUGGAUAAAUUAUAAUAAACACAGAGAUUUAAAGGUUUUUUACAUUUAAAUGGGAAUAUUUUGAUAUUUAAGUGUUGUGUGUGUUUGUCCAUCAUCCUGCUGAAAGAUACACUCAGUGAUUUGAAAAGCCAAUAUUCAAAAGUCUGAACUGAAAAGAGGUGAAUUAGGACCAGGAGAGGUGAGCGGCAGGGAGCCCAGAGCAAUGAGUCAUGAGCUCUGUUUGCCUGUGAGUCACAACUGAAUCAGGGACGUGCUGGAGGAGGGAGUGUGGAUGCAGGUGGCAGGGGGUGUCCCCUGGUAGAUGAACUCCUUCUCUAAGCCAUGCAUAGACUCAUUAGGAAGUUGGGGACAGUGGCCAUGGACCUGGUGAUGCGUGUCAGCUAUUCUGCCCAAGCGUGCUCAUGGAGAAGCUCACUCUGCUUCGCCAGGGGCUUAGUUACUGCCGCUGAGUGUUGCUGCCCACCUUCACUAACAAGGGCAGGUCUCACAGAGGUGGUGGGCUUCUCAUCUCCCUUAUGAUCCCUCACUCUGCAUUUGGCACAGGACUGGCACACUGGGGAUGUGGGGAUGGGAAAAGGCUGCCCCUCAACCUCGAGGUACCUGGCCCUAUCUGCAAAUGUUUCUGAACAGUCUGCAAAACUUAAUGUAGACAACCUUAUUAGAUCUUAGAUAGCCUUUGAGAGAGGCUGAAGUAACAGGUUGUUGUAAUUCACCGCCUCAACACACUUUUUUUAAUUGAUGGAGAAACCAUCACUGUCAGUAGUGAAGUCGCAAACCUGUUAGGUCUUUAGGUUCCCAACCUUUGGGCCUUUUGUGCUUGGAUCAGUGUUUCCCAAAGUUGCCUAACCGUGAGAAUUACUUGAUUGCUGUUGUUAAAAAGGAAUUGUUGGGCCCUGCCUUGGGGAUUGAUUGGGUGGGUUCGUCCUUUUAAUAUGCAUUUCAGGGAAGUCCUGCAGUCAGAUGCAUUUGGAAAAUGUCCUAGGUCAUACCUCUGGUGUACCCCAAGAAGCUGGUCCUGAGGCUUCCCUGGGCUUUGGGAUUUUUUUUUUUCAAAUGUGCUAGUGAGGUCCCUCUUGCUCCCUUAGGGAUGGCAGUGGUGAGGCUUGCAGCAGUCUGGCUGUGACCCUGUUAAGUGGAAAACUGUGAGGCAGAGAGAAAGGAGAGUUAGGGGCACUCCCCAGGAGCCUGCUAUAGAUGUUUCUAUUCCCAGAAUAGUGAUCUGUUGUGACAAUCUUAGAUCUGACAACAAGAUUACAGGUAGUUUUCUCAUUCCCUUGAUGCCAUUCUGAACAAAAUUUAGAUCAUGAAUAGAAAGAAAAGAGGCCAUUGGGGAAGUGGCAAAAGUAAAUAAUUGUUUAAAGCGCACCAAUUAUGAGCCUGGCUGGUCAACACCACUUCCACCUGAAGACCCAAAGUGGGGUGGGCAAGAAUAAUAAAAUCUACAUUAUGUAUCUUUCCAAAAUCAGAUUUAAAUGCUGCCAGAAUCUUACAAGUGUUUGAAAUUGACUGAUGGGAUGUAGAAAUCCAAAUCAGUAAAAUAGGGGCCCAGGUAAUUAAAAUCCUAGAAGGAAAAAGUGCCUAGUUUUUUUCCACCAGGAUCCUACCUCCUAGUCACCUGGGAAACUGAUCAAUGAAGCUCGAGUAAGGGGCUUUUGACAGUGGGGCAAAGAUAAUGUUGCGCUGCUUUAAGCAGCAGCUGAGCUUUAGCACUGCCUGAGAGUGAUAAGAAAGUUAAUACUAGUAAUGUUUGUAUUAUUUUUAUGGUGUGUUACUGUUUACAGGCCACUUUCACAUGCAUUAUCUCAUUUGAUCCUAACAUCAGCCCCUAGAUGGAGGUAGGAAGGAUGUUGUGGUCCCAUCAUACAGAAUAUAAAACUGAGGUUGAAAAAGGCUAAGUGAUUCGCCUAUGGUUAAAUGGCUUUAAAAAUUAUAGAGCCAGGCCUUCUGACUGUCUGCAUAGGGUUCUUUCCAAUUCCUACAAUAUCGGAGGAGCCAGAAUCUGGUUUAAUUCUCUUCACAGCCAAACACCUGAUGACAAGAGUCCUAGACUUGAUGCUUGCUCGUGUCAUGGGUGGAGGGAAGCUAUGAAGACAGACACUGUUACUGCUUCAUCUAACCAAGCACCAUUCCUCAAAUGCUAUUCUAAGAGGGAGGUGGCUUCCCUCAAGGAGAGUUUCAUUUUCAUUAGUCAUGCUGUGGGGGGAAAAGGCUUUGGUAAAUAUGUGCUUCAGCUUUUAUUGGAAAUCCUUCUUGAAGAGGAAUUUCUGAACCAAAACUACAGAUUUAUCUAGACUCAGAAAUUCCAGGAUUGGGGGCAGGAGCUGCUUAGGAGCAAAAUAUCUGGCAUUUUCACUACAUUUUGAGAUUUUAGGUAGAACUAAGAGGGGCCAUAUAUAGAGAGAGAGAAGGAAGGUGAGGAGAAAGAUUAGCAGCUUAGCUAAAAGUUUUGUUAGAGUUUCCUGGUGGGGCUGGACACAAGGUAAAUGUGGUCUGACCCAUUUCUUCUGGGAAGGCUAAAAGAGACAUACAUAGCUUCUUUUUUACUUUGGCUUUAAGGAAAAGCCACAUUAUUAGAAAAAAAAGUUUUAGACACUACCACAUGAGAAAUUUCCUUAUGGGAAUAAAGAACAGGGAAUAGAAACAAUGGGACAAAGAGGGUCAGAAGUCUGCUUCGUGAGUCACAUGUCCAUUUGUUUUUGCGCCUUGUUUGUGACAUCAGAACUGAAAUGUUUGUAUCACUGUUGCCCAUGAUUUUUUUUCUUUGUCAGACAUACAAAGUGAAUUUGGUUGUAAUGUUUUUAACUAAAUAAAGCAUUCUCACCUA